UCUUAGUGCAUCAAUAGCGUUAGUUAAUUUAGUAUACAAAUUACACAGAAUCGCAACAUAGCACUUGACAGUUGUAGCAUAUACGGCAGAUUAUUUGCUAUUUCCAUUAGCAUUAUACAAAUUUUAGUGUAAAAGCUCGCCAAAAUGGAUUUAGCUAAAAUUAAGGAAUUAAUUUUAGCAAUCAAAAAAAAUGAUUCACACAGUGGCUAUGGUUUGCAAAAAGAAUGCGAGCUAUUGAUUGGUCAUGUUUUAAAUAAUAUGGCAAAAUCAAAAUUGCCCAAUUUGAUUGCCGAUAUGAAGAAUGAUGAAGAUGCUAAGCAUUAUAGGGAUGAAGGAAACCAAUACUUCGUGAUGGGCGACGACGACGACGCUAUUGAAAAGUACUCAAAAAGCCUCGCAUACGCGAGCAGCAAAGAAGCCAUGGCCGUAGCUUUAGCAAAUCGUUCGGCAGCUCUUUAUCGCAAGCAAUUAUAUCGGGAAUGCUUGAUUGACAUCGACACAGCUUUGGCCCACGGCUACCCUGAAGACAAAAAGAGUAAAUUAAAGGAGCGGGCCGAGAAGGCUAUACAUGGCUUACAACAAGCUCACCAAAUCAAAGAUCAAAACAUGAAUGACUUACCAUUGUCAAAGCACUCGGCCGCGCUCCUGCAAAGUAAUAAAAACAAUGUCUCGCAAAAUAAGAUGAACUUGUCGAUGAUUAAAGAAUUUAUUAACGAGAACGGUGCAUCGAAGGGAAAUGUUGGAUGCUGUACGAAAGAGGACCUUGAGGAACUUAUGCUCAUAAUUCCAGAGAGUUCGCCAAGGUAUUUGGCCGAGGAAAGCGAGCCGAGUCUCGCAUACGAAACAAGCGACGAAGCUCCAGCCCUUAGCAAAGGGGUGCGAAUCGCUUACUCUAAAAAAUACGGAAGACAUUUAGUUGCUACGAGAUCGUUCAAGCCUGGAAGUAUUAUUCUGAAAGAAAAUCCAUUCGCUUAUAUUAUUUAUACGGAAAAACACUACACACACUGUCACCACUGUCUUGCGCGUAGCUAUAAUUUAAUAUCCUGUCCAAAGUGUCCCAUUGCACAAUAUUGUUCGGAAAUCUGUAAAACAUCAGCUUGGAAAAUGGCUCAUAGAAUCGAAUGCCCGAUUCAUGCCGUAAUGUCUAAAUUAUUCAACGUUGAUACUGACAAAAUUAGAAUGUUAACAAAAAUCAUAAGACUAUUGAUAAUUGCUACGAAAAAUGGCAGUGCUAUUGAUGAAUUACGCAAAGACAUACAAGUUGCAGAACAAAAUUCAGAUAAGAGAACCGCUGGAUUCACCAAUGAUCAGAUGAUGUUCGAUGGUAGUAGUGCCAGAUGUGCGCUAAGUCUUGCAACGAACUUAACCACACGGCCUUUCCCAGAUAUAAGUGCAUUCGCCUGUAUAUCGGCAUUGGCGACUGUUCUUCUCGCUACGGAAAGCGAGUUUUUCGGCAAAAAAUAUGCAUUCGAUGAAUUGGAGCAUCUUGCCGAGCAGAGUGAUGUGAAAUUUUGCGGAACACUUGUAUUUCGCAAUUGCCUCAUUGUGUCAUCCAAUUCAUUUUCCAUUCAACUGGAGCCGGGCAUUAAAGUUGGGUCGGGCUUAUAUGUAACGGCCAGCUUACUGAAUCAUUCGUGUGCUCCGAAUACAUUUCGACACUUCGAUAGCUUGACAAUGAUUACUCGAGCACUCGAGCCGAUCAAAGAAGGCGAUCAAAUAUUUACAUGUUACGGUGGUGGUUACCAGUACAUGUCUCGUCCCGAGAGGCAAAGUAAAAUGAUGCAAGAUUACUUUUUCAAUUGCGACUGCUUGGCAUGUAUCGACGACUGGCCAACGUAUUCCGAAAUUCUGCGCAAUCACAUUGGAUCGAUUACAAAAACAAACAAGAAACUCGUUAAAAAAUUGAAGCCAUUCCGACAAAGACUGCUGUCGAAUAAAUACGACAUCGAGGCUGUUAAAACUGUGCUCGAUCUGCUUCAUACCGAAGUGAAAAUGCCUUGCGAAGAAAUAGUACACGCAAUUCAGUAUCUCAAGAGCUAUUACCUAGGUAAAUUUCAUCUUAUAAACGAAUCUCAUAUUUAUAAGGCUUAAGUCAGCUCUUAGUCUGUCACGCUUCCAUCGAUCAUUAAUUUAUUUAUAACCCAUAGACGUCCUCGUUUAGUUGCACCCCUAUUAUGUCGCUACGAAUUCCACUCGCUAUCCUCGAAUCGUUCUGCUA